AUGAGAAUCUGGAAUGACUUCAAGAGAUAUUCAAGGAUAGGAGAAAAUCACGAAGGGUCAUCAAAAGGGGAAUUUUAUUUUUAUAUCUUAGGAUGGUGUAUCAUUUCCCUAGUGAUUGGAUUCUUACUCUUACCACCAACUUCAAUAAUCACAACCAGAGCCACAAAAUAUGAUAAGUUUGAAAAUCCAUCACUUCAAACGUGGAUAUCAUCUCUUUCAGUCCCCAAGACUUCCAAGCUUCUCGCAAAUAAAGUCAAAUCAGCAAAGCUCUUCGCAUCUCAUUCCUCGUCAAUAAAACCCUCCAUAUCAUCUCAAUCAGACCGAAAAAAACAAUUUAAUCAGCCCUCAAAUGUACUACCACCCAACCCUGAAGACAUUCUCUCGCCUAUUCAAUUUCCUAUGGUACCAAUCGAUACACUUAACACUACAGCAACCGGCUUAACUUACCAUCCAGAUGGCCGUCUCUUAUUACAGUUCCCAGCCUCAUCACCACUUGAAGCUCAUCCCAUCAUGACCCUCAUCGAAAGGGCUAAAGUUGAAUGGGAAGCUAAAGUUGACCGUCAAUCUAAAACUUUAAAAGAAGCUGUGCUAGAAUAUAAAAGGAGGUACGGUAGAAAACCUCCAGCUGGGUUCGAUCGUUGGUUUUCUUUUGCUCAAGAAAACAAAGUAAUCCUAGUAGAUGAAUAUGAUCAAAUCUCUAGGGACUUGUAUCCAUUUUGGGCUUUACCACCAGAUGAACUACGAACUCGAGCAGAAUCAAUUGACCUGAAACACACCAGAACUUUUAAAUUGAAUUUCAAUAACGGAACAAUCACGAGAGAAUCAGAAUUAGAAAGAGCCAGCGCAUUGGUCGACUUAUGUUCAAUGUUUAAUGAUCAUUAUACUAAAGCAAAAUUACAACCUAUUACCAUCUUGAUGGAAGAGGAUGAUAGUGCCCAGAUUUUAUUAGGCUGGGAUCAAUCGAGAAGAUUAUUUGAACUUUCAAGAUCAAAACAAUUUUUACCAAAAGAAUAUAAAGUACAAAAUGAUAGACAUUUAAAAGGAUGGGACGCAAACUGUCCUCCAACUUCUACAAUUCGUACCAAGCAAAAUCAAACUAUUCCAAAUAAUCAUUCAUGGAUCUAUCAUCAUCGAAGAGCUAUGGAUAUUUGUAAUACUGAUCCUAAAAGGAUUGAUUUACAUGGUGUUACAGCAACUGCACCUCCAGGUCCAAGACCUCUAGUACCACUUUUCGCUUUCUCGAAAAAUUCACUUCAUGCUGAUAUUCUUGUGACGCCACUUGAACAAUAUCUAUCACAUUAUCCUGGCAAAGAGAUUCCUUGGGAAAAGAGACCAUAUAACAAACUCUAUUGGCGAGGAUCAACUACUGGCACUGAUUUUAGUGAUCGAAAUCCUAAGUGGCGUACAUCACAAAGAAUGAGGUUAUACGAACUCACUCAUCAAAAGACUAACCAAUCAAAGAUCUUAGUAGGUGGAACGAAUGAAACAGAUGCAGUCAAAGAGAUUGAAAUCGAAAGAUCACUUUUAAAUGAAAAAUAUUUCAAUAUCACUUUUGUUAAUAAACCAAUUCAAUGCGAGGAACCAGUUUGUAGUCAAAUGGCAAAACUAAUCAAUUUCGUACCAAGGGUAAAACCAGAAGAUGUUUUAGAAUACAAAUAUGUAUUAGAUGUAGAUGGAAAUGGUUGGAGUGGAAGGUUUCAUAGAUUACUUUCUGGGAAACAUUUAGUUAUCAAAUCUACUAUCUUUCCAGAAUGGUAUACAGAUCGAAUCCAAGCUUGGUAUCAUUAUGUACCAUCCAAAAUUGAUUAUCAAGAUUUAUAUGAUAUCACUUCUUUUUUCAUUGAUGGUCAAGAUCAUCUAGCAGAAAGGAUUGCUACUCAAGGUCAACAAUGGGCAAAAGAUUCAUGGAGAAAGGAAGAUAUGGCAGCUUAUAUGUUUAGGUUGAUUUUAGAAUGGAAUAGGAUUUAUCAUCGAAAGCAAGACGGAUCUUCUAAUGAUUUUGAUCUUGAGUGA